UCGUCCAGCCUCCAGCUUCUCAGUUCUCAUCACUCCAGCCUCCCACAGAACAGAACAACACCCACGACUCCACGAGGCCCUCAACGCACUCACGGCCGUCGCACUCACCUCAACGCACUCACCUCCGUCGCGCCUUCAGCACCGUCACCCCGUCACCAGCGUUGCGCCGUCAGCUCCGUGGCGCCGUUGGGUCCGUCGCGCCUUCCGAUACCUCGCGCAGUCAGCACCUUCCCGCCGUCAGCUCCGUCGCGCACACAGCUCCGUCGCGCCCUCAGCCACUUCGCAUGUCACCUCCGUCGAGCUCUGCCUCUGAGAAAGCAAUAGAGAAGCGUUGAAGCGUUGAAGCGUUGUCCUUCGAGCUCUGGGAGAAGGCAAUAGAUUUCCUCAUUUCCAGAGCAAAACCUAGCUCCGUCUACGAGGAUCGCUGCGCUGCUGGUGGCGCUUGGGAUCUGCGUGUGUUCGUCGUGGUGAAGCUCGCUUCCUAGUUCGCAAAUCGCCAGUUGCUUCGUUGCAGCGGUGGAGUCGUUGUCCCCCGGCCCUUCACCCUGGAAAAAUAUGAGUGAAAGGCCAAAGAAUUGAAGGAAUAAGCACUGUAAUUACAACAUGGACAACUAUAGAGAAUUUAAUUUUAACAUGUGUAUGAUGAUGCUGGGUUUUGAAAGGUCUUAUUGCUAUGGGUACUGCUAGUAAGGUAAAGGCUGAAUUGGUCACCCACCUCAUCAUGCACGACACAUGUUUGAUGAAAUUCUCCAUACACCUUUUAUGCAUAAAACAAGCUCCUACCCUUGAGCAAUGUUGUUCGUGAUGCUUUGCCUUUGAAAGUUUUCAAAAUCUGUCAUUUCUUUCUCUGUGUUAUGAUUUGGAGUUAUGGGCUCCAAAACAUUGUUUAAGUGGCCAAAGCAAAUUACAAAUUCCCUGGUUGAGCAGCUGAUAAAAACAGAAAGGGAUAUACACAGAGCUCUCCUUGUGUUUGACUCGGCAACAGCUGAAUAUAGCAAUGGCUUUCGUCAUGAUCACAAGACUUUUGGUAUCAUGAUCUCUAAGUUGGUCACUGUGAACCAGUUUCGGUUAGCAGUAGGAUUGCUUGAGAGAAUGAAGCAAGAAAAUUGUGAGGUUACAGAGGACAUAUUCUUAACUAUUUUCAGAGGUUAUGGACGUGUGCAUAGGCCACUUGAUGCCAUGAGGGUAUUCCUGAAGAUGGAACACUUUAAGUUGCGGCCCAGUGUGAAGUCAUAUCUUACAAUGAUGAAUAUUCUUGUGGAGGAAAACCAUUUAAAGAGGGCCCUUGGUUUUUACAGGGAGAUGAGAGGAACAGGCAUUCCCCCUAGUGUUGUUUCCCUCAACAUUUUAAUCAAAGCCCUCUGUAAGAGCAAUGAAACCAUUGACAUGGCUUUGCAGAUAUUUCGCGAGAUGCCAAACCGGGGAUGCCAGCCAGAUUCUUAUACAUAUGGCACAUUGAUUAAUGGGCUGUGUAAACUGGGAAAAGUCAGUCAGGCAAAAGAGCUGUUCGAUGAGAUGGAGCAGAAAGAAUAUGCACCAUCUGUUGUUACCUAUAGUAGUAUGAUACAUGGGAUGUGCCAAUCUAAUAACUUGGAUGAAGCCAUGCAAUUGCUUGAAGAGAUGAAAAGAAACAGCAUUGAGCCAAAUGUUUUUACUUAUACUUCUUUGAUGGACGGUUUAUGUAAAAGUGGGCAUUCAUUACGAGCAUUAGAGCUUUUAGAAAUGAUGAUUAUAAAGCGUCAUUUGCCUAACAAUGUCACUUAUACAACUUUAAUUGAUGGGCUAUACAAAGAAGGAAAGCAUAGGGAAGCUGUGCAUGUUCUUGACAGGAUGAGGCUUCAAGGUUUGAAACCAAGUGCAGGGCUGUACGGGAAAAUCAUAAAGGGCUUCUGUGCUGAAUGCAGCUAUCAAGAAGCUGCGAACUUCAUCGAUGAGAUGGUGCUUGGCGGUAUUAAGCCAAGUCGAGUGACUUGGGGGCUUCACGUUAGAAUGCAUAACAUGGUGAUCCAAGGCCUUUGUAGUAGUAUUGAUCCACCCCGUGCAUUUCAGUUGUAUCUUAGUACACGAACUAGAGGUGUUUCAAUUGAAGUUGGCACUUUUGAUUGUUUAGUCAAAUGUUUUUGCAAGAGGGGAGACCUGCACAAAGCUGCUCGAAUUCUUGAUGAGAUGGUAUUAGAUGGCUGCAUUCCAGAUGAGGGAAUAUGGAAUGCAGUAAUAGUUGGACUUUGGGAUCGGAAAAGAGUUAGAGAAGCCACUGAGCUACUGCUUGCUGAACUGAAACAGAAAUUUGUUGAAGCUGAAAGUUGAAGCUUGUAAAAUUUUAUACCACAUGUAUGCCCAUUGCAUUUUCCAAAGUCUUGGGUAAAUUAAAUUCAGGGGAAGAUGACAGGCUAAUGUUAAAAGUCUAUGGUGAGGAUAAAUUAACUAUGCAUCAAAUCUCUUCUGGAAAACGGUUGUGAAAGUAUGAGACAAGGAGCAAGACAAGUUAUUUAAGUGGGAAGCCAAUUCCAUGUCUCUUUGUAGGAAAUACAACAAAGAAAAUGCUGCAGAAAAUGCCAAUGCCCACAGGCAAUACUGUGAGGAUUUCCUCUGUCUCUAGAGAUGGCUCUGGAAAGAAGCAACUUACUACAUUCUGAUCAAAUAAUGCAAUUGCUGCAAACACCAAAGCUGAUACAGCUGCAUGCAUGAAAUCUAUAAACCGCAGUUUAUAUUUAGCAGC